AGAAAACACUAUCUAAGAUGAGAGAGAAAGGGAGUAGAGAGAGACAAAAAACUGACAUCAUAAUUAUUCGUGAAUGUAGCUGAAACAUACAGAUUUCAGUCGUUCCAUUUUCAAAAUUUCCGAAUUCCCCCAAUAUGGCGGCUGUGCCUGAUUAUCGCUCCGGCGCCGGCGGAAAAAUGGUCACAAAUCGGCGGAGACAGCGGCUUGCCGCUACGCCGUACGACCGCCCACUUCCUCGUCCCUCGCCUAAAAGCCCUAAUUGGUUUACCGGCGUCAUUAUACCCUCCGCUCGCGCCCUAGCUUCUGGCGCCGGAAAAUUAAUCUCCUCUGCCAUCUUCUCCGACUCUGAAUCCUCCUCCUCUGAAGAUGACGGCUCCGCUUCGGAGGAUGAUGUUGGCACUGUUAAUGAGUAUGAAAGCCCAUGUGGUGGAGUCAGUGCAUUAAAUGAGGAAAAACUGACUUCGGCAGAAAUGGUAAGAUAUGGACGAGAGUCUCAGCUCAGUAUGCGGAGACCUGAAACCAAGUGGCUAAUUGAGCAGCUCAUUAUGCAGGAGAAUUUUUCAAGGGAAGAGUGUGAUAGGCUGACUCAAGUUCUUUAUUCACGAGUUACGGACUGGUCGGUUGAAGCAGGGGAUAAAAGAUCACUUGCGAAUUCUCCUCCGCAAACAGAUGCAGAAGAUCCGUAUAUACUCAAUAAAGCUGUUCUGGAAGCUAAAAAGUGGUUCCAAGAGAAGAAAGGGGGGUCCAGUUCAGUGGUAGAGUUGACACAUGGCACUUGUAAUCUUAACUCUGCUGCGAUUGACCAUAUGGAAAGUGGAGUUAGCUCUCCUGUGGAUAUGGCCAGAUCUUAUAUGAGGGAAAGGCCUCCUUGGGCAUCUCCAACAGAACAUGUUGAAUUGAGAACCCCAUUGACUACAACUAUGAAACUUUUCAAGGAACGAACACCAUAUUCAGUUACUGAAGAUGUUUUGUCAUCAUCAAAGAGACAGAGUUCUCUUGCAUCUGGAUCCUGGAAUAUCCAGGAAGAAUUACGGAAAGUGCGCUCAAAAGCAGUCGAAGAUAUGUUGCGCUCACCACCUGCCAAAAAUGAUUCAUCAUUGUUUGCAAUUGCAGCAACUAGGGAGGAGUCCACCGGAGCUGGUGGUGUGGGAGAAGAAAUAUUUAAGCCACACUCUUUUUGGAGAACAAACCCCAUGAACGCUUUGAUGGAUGUUGGAGUGAAUGCUGAUCCUGCCCUUGUAGCUUUGGAAUCUAGACAAGAUGGUAAGGCCAGUGAAGCACCAUCUUCACAUCCAGAUGCUUCUGCUUCUGCUUCUGCUUCUGGAAUUAAUAAGGAUCCAGACACAAUUCCAUGUGAUGGCGCACAUGCUCAAUCUAUGCCCUCACACCCUACCAGUCCUGAUCAUACCGAGCAGCAGCAUUCUGCCGAUCCACAUGCAGCUAAGAUAAGUGGACCUCCAGGAACUGGGGUAGCUGAAUCUGGAGGAAGACUGUGUACAAAUGGUUACUCACCAGCUCAAACCAGUUCUCCAGGAGCAGUUAUCACACAGAACACAAAGCAAUACGAUGAUGAUACUGCAAGCAACGAUAACAGGCCAACAAAUGGUACCACCAACAUGGAUAGCAACUGCAAGCUUCUCACUGAAGCCUACAUGGAAGUACCUAUUGUGACAGAAACCAAUAGCAUAAACAGCAGUUCUCAGAUUAGCGUGGACGUGGAGGUGCAAAAUGAAGAAUCACAACUUGAUAUGACUCAGCCAUCUGUAGAGGGAAAGCCAGACCUCGCAACUGUGAAGCAGCAAGCAAGAAAAGUGGGUAGAACCACUAGAAGAAGCAGCAGAGGAAAAGGUAAAUGACGGAACUUCGUUUGCUGUCUUAGAGCAAUUUAUGUUGUACACUAUCAAGAGAUAGAUCUCCCACUAUUUACUGGUUUAGGAUUAUAUUCUAGGUGUUGGUACUUUAGGACAGUAGAUUGUUUGAGUUAAUUUAUGAGCCGUAUGUUUUUGGAAAGGCCUGUAGUUUUCUUAGAACAACAGAUACAAUUGCUCAACUAGGGAUCUGCCCGAAAAUGAAAACUUUUUGAAGUGACGGUCGGGGAUAUUGGAAUCUGUAUUUGUAAAAUUGUGUUUUAUUUUAUCUUGCUAUAUCAUGCUCUGGUUAUUUUGAGUAAA